AUGUCUCUCGCCGCAUCACGUGCCGUCCUGCGGCAAUCAAACUUCAUCGUGCGCCGCGCGGGCAUCCGCAAUGCCUCGUCAACAUCAGAAGCCGGUGGCGCUGUAAAGGACAAGGCCGGCCAGGCCGCAUCCAAAGCAUCAGAGGGGCUUUCCAAGGUCACAAGCUCGGCCAGCCAGGUGGCGUCGAGUGCUGCUGCGUCGGCGAACAAUGCAGCUAAUGCGACAACGGGGCGUGUGGGCAAGAUGGUGGGUUUUAUACAAGGAAUCAUCCCCACGGCCACAUACUAUUCAAAAGUCGGUCUCGAGCUCGGCAAGCUCAUUGCACACCAGCGCGCCAUGGCACCACCAUCUGUCCAGACAAUGCAAAGCUACAUGCAACCCGCCCUCAACGCCCUCAAGAACCCCAGCUCCCUCCUGAACCGCGCCGCCACCGAGGCCAACAACGCCGCCCAGCAACCCGCCAACCUCCUCGCCCAAGUCCGGAACUUGUCUCGAGAGCAAUGGAUAUCUGCCGGUGUUGUCGCUGCUGAGGUCAUUGGCUUCUUUUCGGUCGGUGAGAUCAUUGGCAGGUUCAAGCUCGUGGGCUACAGGUCCAAGGAAGAUACGAACCACUAA